AUGAAUUCACCUCCUUUGAUUUCACCUUAUAUACAACGAAAGGGUUCUGCCACUGGGGGGACUAAAACUCCAAGACGUCCAAAGGCCACAAAAUCACAUACUGCGCCUCCAAUCGCGGGUGGUCGAGUCACAAAACGUAAUAGUGUUAGUAAUGCCACGAAAACUGGGAAAGGCGAAAGUUCUACACGGGGCACCAGCAGAGGUGGUAGAGGUGGUAGAGGUGCUAGUACCCGUGGUCGCAAACCAAGUCUACAACGCCAGCAAUCUUCUGGGUCUCUUAUGCUAGAACAUUUAGAUGGUACUAAUGCUCAUUCAGUCGCAACAAUUUCUGCUUCAAAUGUCAAUCCUUCAACUCCUAGAGAUUUCGCUCCACAAACUCCCGGUGAAGAAAUUGAUCAAUAUAUUAGACGGGAUGAAGAAAUAACCGAUACUGAUUUUGAGAAAUCGAAUAAAGAUCGUGCUCAAAUGCGUUCUCGAGUCUAUGAACAACACAAUAUGUUGCUAAAAGCUUUCUCGAAAGAGCAAACUGAACGAUUUGAAGUGUACAGACGUUCGGCUUUGAGCAAACCAAAUGUCAAAAAGUUGGUAAGUGGUAUCCUGGGACAACCAUGUUCAAAUAAUAUUUCAAUCGUAGUAGCUGGAUUUUCCAAGAUCUUUAUCGGAGAAAUCGUUGAGAAAGCGCUGGACAUUAAAAAAGAGUGGGGUUCAGAAGGUCCACUUUCACCUGAUCACAUACGAGAAGCAUUUAGAAGAUACAAGCAGGAAAUGG